GAGCUGCCCCCGAGGGUUUCUGAGGCUGCACAUCUUUACUGAAGCAGACUGCCACGCCUUUGUCCAGUUGAGCUUUGAUUUGGUGGUGCAGUACUGCAGACGGGCCUGGCAGCCGGAGCCUGGAGGAAUUUGGAUUGAUCACUAAUGGGCAAAGUGUUUGCCUUUCUGAGACCAACCUGCCAGUCAAUCCUGGCUGCAUCUCAGUCAUCCCCAGGAGAACUUGUUGAGAAGAAGGAAGAGGACAGUGACAUGAGGAUGAGGAGGGAGCCGCUAAGAGUCCGCCCCCGUGCCUGGGACAGCCCUCAUGGCUUGGUUGGUUUACAUAACCUCGGACAGACUUGCUGCCUCAACUCCCUGAUUCAGCUAUUCAUAAUGAACGUGAACUUCACCAAGAUACUGAAGAAGAUAACGGUGCCCAGGGAAGUCGAGGCACAGAAGAGAAGUCUGCCCUGCCAGUUGCUGUUGCUGUUGGAGAAGAUGCAGGACAGCCGCAGGAAAGCCGUGCAGCCCCUGCAGCUCGCCUACUGCCUCCACGAAUACAAAGUGCCCUUAUUUGUCCAGCACGAUGCUGCUCAACUGUAUCUCACAAUGUGGAAUCUGAUUAAGAACCAAAUCACCGAUGCGGACUUGGCAGAGAAGCUGCAGGCCAUGUACAUGAUCCAGAUGAGGGAGUCCUUGUUCUGUCUUGACUGUUCCAUGGAGAGAAGCAGAAACAGUAACAUGCUGACCCUCUCGCUAUCUCUUUUUGGUGUUGACUCAAAGCCCCUGAAAACCCUGGAGGCGGCCCUGCGCUGUUUCUUCCAGCCCGCCGAGCUCGCCGACGGCUGCAGGUGCUUCUGCGAGCGCUGCGGGAAGAAGACCCGCUGGAGACAGGCCUGGACGCUGAACUAUUUGCCCCAAACCCUGACCAUCCACCUCAUGCGGUUCUCCAUCAGGAACACGAAGACCGAAAAGGUUUACCACGCAUUGCGAUUCCCGCAGAGCCUGGAUUUCACGCAGGUCCUUACGGCCGGGCAAGACCUCUGCAAUGCGGAGGCCCAGCGGGAGGGCCAGUAUGAGCUCUUUGCUGUGAUUGCCCACACGGGGAUGUCAGACUUUGGGCAUUACUGUGCCUAUAUCCGGAAUUCUGUGGACGGCGAAUGGUUCUGCUUCAACGACUCCAGUGUCUGUCGGGUGACCUGGGAGGACAUCCAGUGUACCUAUGGGGAUCAUCACUACCGCUGGAGAGAAAUGGCCUAUCUUCUGGUCUACAUGAAGAGGCAGUCCUAGUGGAUGUGUUCUAAACCUAGAGACAAAUGGCAUCUGCCUUUUCUAGCUGUCUCUGGAUCUGAUGAUUCACCUAGGGACUUUUGCAAUGAGGAGAAGCAUAUAUUUCAUUCUGUAUUAUUAAACUUUAUUUAUAACCUGGGGUUAAUUAUAAAAAUAUUUAAUAACGAAAAUGGCACAGGUCCUGAUCAGUUGGAAUGGGUGCCCAUACCAGUGGACCCUGGCCUCCUGGCUGGAGCUGAGUCCUGGAUGCACCUUGCUGUGCACAGUGUUAACUCUUUAGUUGGGAGAUUCUGGAGUCCAAGUGCUCCCAGGGGAGGAGAGACCAGGCCAGCACCGAGGAGGCAUUUGGGUGGCAGGGGGCAGUGGUAUUUCAAUAUUUUGCAACUGAUGUGCCCAUUUUAUGAGUACUGGAUGAAUAUCAACCCUGUUUCUAAUUUAAUAAUUUCAGAACCUACAUUUCUUAAAAUGCAAUUAUUGUUAUUGCUAUUCAGUUAUUCAGCAAAUAUUUUUUCUCCGUGUGACUAUACUAGACUCAAUGAUGAAUAAAGCUCUUGCAUUCAAAA